AUGUUAAUGUUGGGAAGGGAACGAUUUCACAUGCUGAAGUGUAAGGUUUUCUUGCACUGGCAGCGUCAUCAUCAGCUAGAAAUAAAAAGAAAACUGGAAAAUGUUGUGAGGAAGGAGCGGGUUCAGAGAAUCAAGGUGGAACGAUCAAGAAGAUCAGUGGAAGAUAUUAAUCCUCUACUCUCUCCACACCCACCUGCUGGUCCAAGAAAUCACUAUGGGCGCCAUGCUUUAGUUGAGGGAGAGCAAUCCGGUCCUUCGCAAUCAUCUUCCUCUCCUCGGCCAAACACUGCACCAGGAAAUAUGCAACGCCCAGUCCGACUACAGCCACUUCCUGGAUAUCCUACUGCAGGAUCCACACCCAAGACUUCUUCAAGAUCCAAACAAAAGCUCUUGGAACUUGAACAUGAUCAUCAGUUUCCCAAUGGGGGAGAGAAAAACAUGAUGAGGCUUAUGAACUCAGUGGAUUAUUCAGCUGGAUUAUCCCCAUAUCAACUUCCCAUCAUUAACAAUUACGUGAUACCGGUGCCACCUCCACCUCAAAAAGGAGAUAAGAACAUAAAGGGAGUUAGGCAUGGGACUUCCAGGUGCAGACGCUUUCGCCCAACCACCGCACCAAAUGGCUUAGAGCAGCUGUUAACAAAGGACUCAGGAAAGUUCCAUAAGCCCUCAUUACACAGCAAUGCAUCUGUUACAAUGAUCUACUUAGGAAAAAGUGUGCACUUGUCUCAUGAUGACACUGAUUACAGAGAUGAAAUCAAAGUCUAUCAGCAACAUUGUGGAGGAGAAAACCUUUGUGUCUACAAAGGCAAGCUACUGGAAGGAGAGACCUUUCACUUUACCUCAAAGCGGCACCAUGGUUUCCCCUUCAGUCUCACCUUUUUCCUCAAUGGGAUACAGAUGGACAGGCUGAGCUCCUGCUGCGAAUACAAGCAUCGGAAGGGUGCGAGAUUGGGAGGCAAGCAUGGAUACUUUGGCUUUGUGAAUGUGGACAGAGCAUCUCCUUGCUAUAGGUGUAUUAUUGCAAUGGGCCUGGACAAAAACCCCUCUCCUCCAAAGAAAAAGAUGAAAGAAGACUAUGGAGAAAAGCAAGAGGAUUCCGUGAAGGAUGAAGAGCACAACGAGCCAAGUGAGGGCAGCGUUGAGCAAGAGGCGACCAAACACUUGACAGUUGAAAUUUCCUCAGCUCACGGAGAGGGUCAGGAGCCUGCAGAGGACAGCGUGGAAAUUGCAGAGGAGGAAAGAGAAGAAGAAACACAAGAAGGACCAGAGGAUGAGUCCGAAGAUGACCAGGAAAAUGCUAGUAAAGAUGAGUAUGAUGAAGAUUUUGAAGCAGAUGAAGAGAAAUCAGAUGAGAAAGUUAAUGAAGAAGGACAGGCCGAUGAUCAAAUGAAUGGAAUGUCAAAGUCACCCUCAGAUGGUGAAAAAGAUAAUUUAGACCAUGAAAAGGAGAGUAAAAGCUCAUCACAAAAGGCGCUGCAGGCCUCUGACAGCGAGAAAGAUGAAAGUGAUGGAUAUUCAAACAGUGACUCAGAGGAAGAUAAACAAGAUAGGAAGUCUGCAUCCUCUCUCUCAUCCAGCAGUACUCUGUAUAGCAGUGAAGAUGACUCUGAAGCUGAAAAGAUGAAAGACCAUGUUAAGGGCAAUGAAAAGGAAGACAUUGACAGGACAGCGACAAGUGAGAAGUAUGGAAAUGAGACUUGGGAAAGCAAACCUGAGGGAAAUCAGGAAAUUGAUGCAGUGGAGGAGGAAGAAAUGGAUGAAGCAGAAGAGACAAAAGCAGAGGCUGUGAUGAGGGAAGAAGUUGAGGUUCUUCAUGGAAGUCUGAUGGAAAUACAUCAUCAAGGCACAGAUGAACUCAAUGGGGAACGCAGACAUGUAGGGUCAAUAGAAAAUAAUGCAAGGGACGAGGGGGAGGAGGAUGGAAGCAACACGAGGGAAGAUGGGGAGGAGGUUGUUCUAGUGCAUUUGGAAGGCAGCACUGUGGAAGCAGAGGCUACAAACAAGGAUCCUCCUGAGGUUGAUGAAGGAGGUGAUUGCAAAUCAGUCCAAGAGAAAAUAGCAGAGGCAAUUGAAAAUGGUCAUCGUUUGAGUUCUGAACCUGAGCCCAGUGAUUCCAGUACAGAUGAAGAAGAGGAGAACUUAACAAGUACAGCUCAUGAUAUAAAAGAAGAUGGAGCCUUCUUGGCAGAAGCAGCAACAGCAUGUGAAAAGCAGAAGGCAGCAGAGCAAGGGGUACAAGAGGGGCAGAUGGUGGAUGAGGAAAAAGCACUUGAGCAGGAGGAGUUUGUAGCUGAGGAAGGAGCCACUGACACUGAAGAGGCAGGCAAUGAAACAGCUCUGGAGUUAGAUUUGCUGGCUAAGAAAGAAGCAGCAACUGUGAUGGGACAGACAAUGGAGAAUGUACUUACAGUAAAAGAAGAAGCAUCUGAGGAGAAGGCUAUCAUGGAAGAAGAUCUGGAAGAGAGUAGGGUAGGAAAGGAAAUGGCAUUUCAGGGAGAGGAGGUAUCUGAGGGAAAUGUAGCUGAGGAGGAAGACGUAAAUGAAGGAGAGGAGGCGGUGGAAAAGGCAGCAUGUGAGGGAAAGGUGGUGGAGGAAGUAUCAUCUGAAGGAGAGGAGGUUGUUGAGGAGGUGCCUGAGGCUGUGGAGGAAGCAGAAUCUGAGGCAGAGGCGGCUAUGGGGAUGGCAGGAGUUGUGGGAAAGGAAGAUGUGGGGGAGGCAGCAUCUGAGGCAGAGGAGGUUGUGGAGGAUUCAGUUGCGCAGGCAGAGAAGGCUGUGGAGAAGGCAGACACCGCAGGAAAGGAAGUUGCAGAGGGGAUAGAAUUGGAAGGAGAGGAGGUUGUGCAGGAGGCAGCUUCUGAGGGAUGGGAGACUAUGGGAGAGACAGAAUUUGUUCUGGAGGAGUCAGUAGAAUCAGUGAAGAUUCCCAUACUGGGAGCAGCAACUGAAAUAGAGGAAUCAGUAGAAUCAAGAAAGGUUCCCAUCGGUGAAGCAGUGUCUGAAGCGGAGGAGGCAGCAGCAGCAGAAACAUCUGAGGAGGAGGAGGAUGUAAUGGAAACAACCCCAGAGGAGGGAGAGACAAGAAAUGAGGCCACAGAAGAGGAGUCAGAAGUAGAGGAAUCACCACCUCUGAGGGAAGAAACCUCAUUGGACAGGGAAAUAAAAAGGGACACUGCAAUAGAGGAAGGAGCACACAAAGAUGGGGAGAGCAUAGUGGAAGCAUCUGAAGAGGAAGAAGCAGCAGAAGACCCAGAAUCUGAAGAGGAGGUAGUAGAAGAAGGUAAACACAUAGGGGAGUCAGUGCCUGAGGAAACACCAUAUAUGGGAGAAGAAUUGGUGAAGGCUGGUGAGGAGGAAGUAACAGAGGAAACGGAAGAGAAGGUGGUGUCCCAAAUAGCAGUUACUGAAAAGAAGUUGGUAAUAGAAAAAAAGGUACCUAUUGCUGAAGAGGCAAUAGAUAAAUCCACAAUAAAUGUAGAGGAAGUGGCUGAGGGAGCAGCAGUGGAGGGUGUGGUAGUAACUGAGGAGAUGGCAAUGGAGGAAGUGGAGGUGGGUGAGGGGGUGGCUGAGGAAUCAGCAGAGAGAGAGGGAGAGGGAAUGUCAGAAAUAGAAUCUGAAGAGGCAAUGUCAGUGGACGCAGCAGGCAAUGGGAAAGUAAUGGGCAAUGAAACACCAUCACAAGGGGAGGAGAUAGUAGAGAAAUCAGAACCUGGUCAGAAAGAAAAUGCAGAAGUAUUAUCAGACUGGGAGGUGCAGACAGAGGACCCAGGACAUGAGGAGGGCAUGGAAGAGAAGGAGGCAGGACUGGAAGAGCAGAAGGUGAUGACAGAGGGGAUAAUACCCGAAGAAGAUAUGAGAUCAGAGAGAACAUUGCCUGAGGUGGAGAAAUUGAUGACACCAUCAUCUCUGAGGGAUGAAGUGGAAGCGGUGGACGCAGCAUCUGAGGUAGAAGGCAUGACACAGGAAAUGGCAUAUCACCCAGAUGUAGUGGAGAAGGAAGCAGUCCUUGUGGAAGAGAUAAUGGCAAAAGUGAGACACACUGGUGGGAAUGACAGAACGGAGGAGCAAGAGAUGGAGACAAUGGAGGAGAAAAUCACACUGAAACAAUUAGACACAAAUGAAAAAAUAAAAAUAGGAAAGACAGAGACUUUGGCCGAAUAUCCACAAGGGAUUCAUGGGCUUACGGAUCUGCUUGAAGUCCAGCACAAGGAAGAAAGCCUUGCACGUAUAAAGACAGACACCACAGAAACGUCCAUUAUAGAAGAGAGAAACUAAGGGGCUCUGUGGCACAGGAAUGCUCUAAAGCUGGACAUAAUUAUCUUGCCUUCGAUACAAUCCCUGGAUGGGGAAGAAAGACACGUCUGAGCAUCCUCUGCAGUUCCUUCAAUGAUUUUAUUUUAGUAACAUUUUUUUACAAUCACUGUGGAUUUGUGUGGGUUGGACAUUCCCUCCCCAUCUUCAUUUGACUUGAUGAGUAGCAUAACCAUCUGUUUGUUUACUAGACCAGCUCCGGAAUGUGCAACAGAUAACUGAACUAAGCUUACAGAGCUAGGGUAGGAAAUCACACUCCUUUAUAAUGAUGACGACAAAAAUAAUAAGGAACUUUCCACAGCUGUCAUGAAUUUCUUUUCGAACUACAGAGAAUUCUUACAUUGGUUGAACUUAAAUUCCCCUGCCCCCAAAGAACUCAGUGGUUUGUGAUGACUAGCUUGAAGGGAGGAGGAGGCUUGCUGGCACUUUAUAAUAAUAGAAAGUGCAAUGGACAUAUGUAUAUAAAAUUGUAUAUAUGUGAUUGUAUCCUCCCCACACACACAUCUUUUGGGUGUCAAUUGUAUUUAUAGAUUGUAAACUCUUCAAGACAGUGGUUAUGUCCUCAUGUAUGUAUAUGUGGUUCCCCAGCACAAUAAGGCCUGGAUUCUGAUUGGAGCAUCAAGGUGGCAGUGUAAUGUAAAUAGUAAAUGAUAGUAAUAACAAUAAGAAGCCCAAUUCUGAUCUCACACAUCGAUGGUGCCACUCUCAUUGAAGCCAAUCGGAACUGUGCUAUCUAAUGGAGGGCAGAAUUGGGGGCUGUACGGGCAAUUCCUUCCCUCUGUUGCAUGCAUCCAUUAGUGGAGAAAAUGGGCCAUAGAAAGGAUUUUUUUUCCCCUUCAACAUCCAGAGCAGCAGGUCAGGAUUGGACUUCAGAGAGCAUUAGAGAGGGGGAGGAGCCAAUACGUGUGUGCACCUUGGCUGUGGCUCCAAUGAAAUCUAGUCAGGCCCCAGAUUCUCACCUGUGCACAAGAUGGGGUAUAGGGCAGACAGUAGGUGGGCAUGCAUACUGCCUUGCUGCUACUGCUUAAAGGCCUAAAGAAUGGCCCACCAGGCAGGCUCCUGCUGCUCCAUGCCUCUGCUGAGCCAGCCUCUGCAUCUGGGCCCCAUCUGUGUUUGACUGCUGCUGAAGUGGUCACAUAAAUCUGACUCUGUUCCGCUGGCAUUUCCAGCCAAGUUUGAUUGGCUUCCCAUGAUCAUUCACACAAGCAGAUUUUGAUUUAGAAGAAAGUUCCUGGAAAGAGAGUUGUGCAUGCUUGAAUGUCCAUACACUCGAGCAUUCGCUCUGGGAAGGGCGGUUUGGCUAUCUUUAAAGCUAUCAGUGGGCUUGGAAGUGGUCGGGAAGCAGGACCUGCACCACGUGACCUACGUGACCAGUCUCUUAGCAUGAAUAGCAAAUAACAUGAAGCAAUAGGUAUGCUAAAUAGCCCGCAAGCAAAUCAAGGGUUGAAAUAUUCUCCCAAAUCAUUCACCCAGUGGUUGAAUGUCAGAGAAAUGGGUACCAGCAGGUAAGUCAGACACAGCAAAGGAGUCAUUUUGUCAUUGAAGAGAUGAAUGGCUGGGAAUACGUUCCUCAGCUCUAAUCAGCAUCCCUGGUACCCCUCUGCUUUGCCCACUUCUGGGGCUCCAAAGAGUAAGGCCAAGAUUUUUUUUCCAGCAUGUAGUAGUGUUUGUGUGGAGUGAAUGCCAAGAAUUGUCUUUAUGAGGCUUACUGAACAGCACCAACCUGUUUGAAAUGUAGCUCCCAAUAUUUGUUUUAGUCACCCAAAGGCCAUUUCCCCCCCCGUCUGCUCUUGGAUGCCAUUUAGUAACAGUUAGUAAGACCUUGAUUGUGUCUUGUCAGCAUGGCCUGGCUCUGAGGAACAGUGCAGAGCUGCCCUGGCCGGAGGGAGCUCUGAGGCCUUCCAGGUAUGCCCAGGGUGUACUCCUGCUCAUAUUCCCUUUCUAGCCUGUGGCUUGCCUACCUCUGUGUGGCUAGCCAGUUUUAUGGAAUGAGGUGAAGGUGGAACCAUGACCCUGCCCCCUUGAGAGUGCUUUACAUUCCCAUGGAUAUAGGGUCAGAGCAGUCCCUACGCUCCCCUAGGUAAAGCAACUGGAAUUCUGCCUGGUCUUUACACAGGCCAUGAAAGGGUCAGCUCCGUGUGCCAUCCCCCAACACGGGCCUGGCUAAGUUCUAUGAUGGUUUGUCCAGUGACCUGGCAUUUCCAGAAGCUUCACUCCAAUGUAGAAAGAUACAUAAAUUGCAAUCAGGGCUCUGAACAAAAUAACCAAUAUUAAAUAUCCCUGCUAGAUUAGGGCAGAAAAAAAUAAAGCAUUCAAACCCCUACACUAAACCCAACAGCCAGCAGAUUCCUUCAGAGUGAAAAUUGAAAACAAGCACCAUAAUUUCCAUGUCCGUUAUACAAGUAUGCAAAUAUAAACUUUGUAUUCAAAACAGCACAGGUUUAGGUACAAACAGCGGGCCCAAUCCUCCUUUCACUUACCUUGCAGUCAACCUGUAAUAACACAAUGGGUGUGACUGGUGUUAUACUGGCAUAAAACUGGUGGAAGUGAGAGAAGAACACUUGGCAACAACUGAUUUUCUGGUUUACACAAUAUUAAUCGGGCCACUCCCUUUUCAAAGCCUCACCUUCAAAGGCUUCCCACAUUGGUGGCAGCUGCACCAGUGAGCCAGGCUACACAUAGCAUCUUUAAGAGCCCAUGUGUGGCAUGCAUUCACAAUUCGGCAUUGCUAGUGAGUGCUAAGAAAUGAUCUCCUCUCUAUGGCCUCCCACAUGCUGGGCAUGCUACAAGUUUUAUUUUCCAUUUUAGGCAAUGGAAUAAAAUCAAAUGGAUUUGCAGUGCUUCAUUACACUGAAUUAUUUUAGGUUUCCACAUGGGGUAAUGAAUGUAAACAUGGUCAAAUACCUUACGUUUGUUUUAAUAGAUAGUUGGAUUUAUGUUUCUGGGCCAGAGUCCCUAAUAUGCACUUUGAGAAGGAAAAGUAUCCAAGAUAAAUAAUCUAAAUGCAUUUAUUGUAGUAAAAAAGGAAUGUAGUGUGAUUAAACAAGAAUAAUGACAGAUUAUAUUUGUCAGUAAUUUAAAUUGAGGCACUGUCAAGUGAAUCUGUGCUGUACAAUUUAAAUCCUUAUUCUUGUGCAAUUUGUGCAAUACUUUGCUUUGAAAGCAUGUACUUGAGUUGCGACCCGCUUGGUCUAUUUUUAAUCCAAGGAAUGUCCAUAAAAUAUGAAACAGUCUCUUCCCUGGACCAAUAUGUUUUCAAAUUUGUUCAAUAUUAACAGCACAGUAAAUGGAUAAUAUAUGUUUAUGCCUUCUACAGGUGAAUAAAUCUGGGAUGUUAAUUGUUCUGAA